AGAUCCUGACAGCUCAGCAACCUCUGAAGAGAUUGUGGAGCGCACCAAGACAGCAACAAUAAUCACAGGUGGGGCCCUGAUUCUGCUUUCCCUGGGAGGAAUCCUUCAGAUACUCCUUGAAAAAAAAUCAGAUAAAACUCAUAAAUAAUAAUAUCUUCUAAACUUCAGCAAAACCAUUGUGUGGAAGUGGGAGAGAGUAGAGAACUCAGAGAGGAAUCCAAGCCACUCCUGGAUCCAGGUACUUGAGACAUGACUCCUGCUGUCUUCUUGGCCAUCCUGUGCUUGGGAGUGGCCUUGGCUGCUCCGAAACCUGAUUAUAAUUUGGAUGCCGAGUGGGAGGAGUGGAAGGGGAGCAACGACAGAACAUACACCCCAGAGGAGGAAAAACAGAAGAGAGCAGUGUGGGAAGAAAAUGUGAAAUUGAUUAAAGAGCACAUUGUAGAGAAUGGCCUGUGGAUGAAAAACUUCACCAUAGAAAUGAAUGAAUUUGGUGACAUGUCUGGUGAAGAAAUGAGGAAAAUGAUUACAGAAAGCUCAUCUCUUACUCUAAGAAAUGGGAAACGCAUUCAGAAACGCAACCUCGUCACCCCUAAAACUUUGGAUUGGAGAACGAAAGGCUAUGUGACUCCAGUGAGAAGCCAGGGAGGAUGUGGUGCAUGUUGGGCUUUUUCUGUGGCCGCUAGCAUAGAAAGUCAUCUGUUCAAGAAAACAGGCAAACUGAUCCCACUGAGUGUACAGAAUUUAAUAGACUGCUCAGUAACUUAUGGCAACAAGGGCUGUGACGGAGGCAAACCUUAUGCUGCCUUUCAAUAUGUGAAGAACAAUGGAGGUCUGGAGGCUGAGGCAACCUAUCCAUAUGAAGGAAGGGUAAAGCAGUGCCGGUACCGUCCUGAACGCUCUGUUGCUAAGGUCACCCGCUUUUUUGUUGUACCAAGGAAUGAAGAAGCUCUUUUGCAAGCUCUGGUAGCUCAUGGACCCAUUGCUGUUGCAAUUGAUGGUUCACACCCAUCCUUUCGUACAUAUCGAGGAGGUAUAUAUCAUGAGCCAAAGUGCAGACGUGAUAAUCUUGACCAUGGUUUACUAUUGGUUGGCUAUGGUUAUGAAGGCCGCGAGUCAGAGAACAGGAAAUACUGGCUGCUAAAGAAUAGCCAUGGUGAAAAUUGGGGAGAAAAAGGCUAUAUGAAGCUUCCCAGAGAUCAGAACAACUACUGUGGAAUUGCUUCUUAUGCCAUGUACCCUGUAUUGUGAGCUGCCUGAGUGUGUCAAGGAAGGAAAGAUAUUAAGUCAACAGAUAUAGAAGAAUAUCAUCCUAUUCAAACUGGCCAGCCUCUGCUGUAUAAAAAGCAAACAACAUUUGUGUCACCAAACAGCAAAGCAGCAAGUGAAAUCUGUGGUAUGUUUGGUUUAGUAAGUCAUGACCACUGCUGUAGCGAUGUUCUGAACUGAUUUGUACAGUUGAGUUCUGUAAUGACUUGCUUUUAAUUUUUUUCAUUGUACCAAAUGCUGUUCUUAAAAAUAAAAGUUAAUUAUAAAGUUA